CGCGCCGCCAACUGAAAAUACAAUUCGUUUGUCCAUUUUUUGCGAAUAAGUUUGGCAAUUAGCUGGCUGAGAUUGUGUGCAUCCCUGUGUGUCCGUGUGUGUGUGUGUGCAGCAAUUGCAGCAACAAUUGCAGUUAACCGAGAAAACCGAAAAGCCAACAAAAAAGCAACUGUAAAAAGCGCUCGUGAAGAAAUAAAAGUGAAGCCGGUUUGCAAAAAAUUACGCAAAUAAAAAAAGGAAAAACGGAGACAGCCGAAUUACCGUCUGCACUGAAUUCGUGUGUUAAAUCAAGUCACACGAAAAAUAGUCAAUAGAAGAAGGAGUCCAGUAAUCAAUUGAAACGAGUUUUGCAUCGGCCGCUUUGUGCUGAGGAAAUCGGAAAAACGGAAAAACAGCCACCCAAAAUGCAGUUGCUUUGCAUCUCGCUCGCCGUUUUGGCCGCCUUGGCACUCGGAAGUGGAUAUGCGGCCACGCUGCCCACCAACUCCGCUCCCAGUGUUUUCAGCAGCGAUCCCAGUCCCAACUCGAAUUCCAAUCCGAGCGAGGAGUUUGCGGACAGCGAGUUGGCUUUGCCAGCGGGGUCAAUUGAUUUGGGCGAUGCAGUUGCACCAUCGCCAGCUUUGCUGUCCAGCGACUCGAAUGAGGUGGUACCCUGUAGUCUCAGUUCACCGGAGCUGAAUGAGUGCAUACGCGGUUUAAUACAGUCGUUUGCCCCGAAGUUGAGGUAUCGGGGAGUUCCUGAAUACAACAUGGACUCCAUUGAUCCGUACUUCUACAAGAGGGGAAUCUUCCGGUACACGAACGAUGGCAUCCAGGGAGGACUACUGAUCAAGAACAUGGAGAUCUACGGCAUCAGCCAGUUGCAGGUGAACUCUGUGGCUGCCAAUUUCACGGACAGUGGCUUCAUAAUUAAGCUGGGCGUUGAGCUGCCGCAACUGAAGGCAGGCGGACACUUCAAGGCGGACGUGAAGUUCGGCGGAUUGCGACUGGUGCCCAAGGGACCCUUCAACAUCACCAUAGACAACAUCAAGGCCACCAUUCUGACCGACGGCCACAUCGAACAGCUGCCCAGCGGUCAGCAGCGUCUCAGUUUACACCGCCUGAAUGCCAAUGUCAAUAUCGGCGAUGCCAAGGUGGUGGCCAAUGGCAUUUUCUCCGAUCGCAACCUGAAUGCCAUGAUUCUCAAUCUGGUGAAUGAGAAUCUCCCGGAGAUCACUCGCGUUGGAAUUCCCGCCACCCGCGAACAAUGGGCUCCCAUUUUAAUUGCCCAUAUUAACGAGUUCUUCGCCAAGGUUCCCAUCGAGAAAUUCCUGGUUCAAUGAUCCACUUGACCCGUUCUCAAGCAACACUUAGCUCCUAGUUAGUUUUAGCCUAAUGUUAACGAUUACAAAUUUAUCUUAAGCGCUGUUUCCAAAUAAUUUUCUAUGCACCAACGAUUUGGCUAAAAUUUGGAAUGAUUUUUAACAAUUACCAAUUUGUAUUUAUUUAUGUCGUCCAUUCUAAACAAAAAAAGAAGCUAUGUGGAAAUUUGAAAAAAUAAAUUCUCCUUUCAAAGAG